CUCCGAAGCACCAAUCCGCUGCGCUGCUCUCGCCGUUUAAAGAGCUCUUUGUGUCAAUCACGCGUUUUUUCAUCGCCAUAUUGGGUGCCGUGAAGCCUCGCCUUGUUAUUCUCUUCCCCUUUUUUACUACGACGCGCAGUUGACAGGAGCGGACCGUCGAGAACGCAGCUUGUGUUUUGAUGAUCGUCGCGCGUCUGUGUUUUCGCGCAUGCGGCGAGUUUGACUUCACGCCCGUGGGUUUGGAUCGCGUUAACGCAGGAGGGGACGCUCUGUAACAGCUGCUGGGUUUGUGUUUUCGACUCGAACGCCUUAAAAUGUCCAACGUGCGCUUGUCUAACGGGAGCCCGACGCUGGAGCGGAUGGAGGCGCGACUGUCAGAGCAGCCCAAGCCGUCGGCGUGUCGGAACCUGUUCGGUCCGGUGGAUCACGAAGAGCUGAAGAAGGACUUCCAGCGGCAGCUGAAGGCGAUGGAGGACGCGUCGUGUGACGCGUGGAACUUCGACUUCUCCGCGCACACGCCGCGCACCGGCGGCAGAUACCGGUGGGAAGCGCUGGACGUCCGCUCGGUGCCCGGUUUCUACAGCAGGUCCGAGCGGGCCAAGGGCUCCGAUCUUCACAUGUGCUCCUCUGGGAAUAAUAGCGACAAUAACGUGGAUGUUAACGGCAAUCUCGACUGUCGGGUAACCGAGCAGAGCCCGGAGACGCCCGAAAAAGACCGAGAACAGAGGAAAAGAAGCUCCUGUCUCGACUCGUCGUGUCAAAGCAAACGCUCACACAUCUGCGUGGCUGAAGUGACCCGGACGCCCAGAAAGUCCAAAAACCCCAGAAAACACCCCAGCCCGACUCCCACAUAAACCCUAUGAGGGCUGACGUUGUGGGUUUGAUGACCUCAGUGCUUGCUGAACGAAAGAUUUUUUGGGGGAAAAACGGACGAGCGAAUGGAGGAACGAGUGGAAAAUAAAACAUAUCAACUCUAAGAGAGUGUUCAAGCACUGAAACAAACACUAAAGUUCUGGCACUCAAAGCAACUGCCUCGUAAAGCAGUGUAUGUAGCAGUGUGCAAUUAGGUUGAACUUCCUUUUUUGCUCAUUUUUGUUUUUCUUACUACCUGUGUAUAUAAAUAUAUAUUUGUUCCUUUUCGUAUGUAGCACAUAAUUAGUAUUAUGUUGGAAUUUUUAUUUUUUUUUUCUUUGGGAGGUGUUUGAUUUGGUUUGACUUGAAGAGCCACCUUUGCCGUGUGUAGAUUAUUUUCCGAAAUGCUGUUCAUGUUUAUUUCACGUUUUAAUAUUGGCUGGGUGUAUUUUUUUUUUUUCUUCAGUUGAGGUACACACAAUAACAGUUCUAUGAAUGGAUCAGGUUGGAUCUGAACAUCUCGGCCUCUUUUGUUUUUGAAGGUGAUGUAAAAGUUGAAACUCUUGUAGCAUGGACCAGUAUUACCAGUAUCAGGCACUUCCCUGGAGGAGACACGUCUCGCACCCUC